AUGGAAGCGAAGACUGCUCAAGAAACCCGGCCGGACGUGUCGAAUGAACGGCCUACAAAAUCCCCAUAUGGAGGUGACAUCUCACUCCGCCUUGGAUUUAAAGAGGGUUGCCUACAUGUAACCGACACCGCCCUUUUCAAGUACCCUAAGCUAGAGUCUCGUUACAGGAAGAGUGCAUGGUUCGUUGGUAGUAUCGGCGCUGGUCACGUUUUAAUUCAUUUCCUCUACACUGGCACCUAUCAGGGCCUAGAACCGACGGGAUCUUCUCCAGAAGAGAAGGUAGCUACCGAAUUUGCGACGAGCUUUCAAGUAUACACGCUUGCGCGCGAAUGUGAAAUGCCUAUCCUCGAAGAUCUCGCAAAGGUUGAAAUGGAACGGUUUGGGGGUCAAUUAUCGCUGCGGCACGUUCUUAACGCCGUGGGAUAUGCACGCCGUGUCGAAGCUGACGAUAAAUGGUUCCAUGACUUCCUCCUGAAAUCCGUAGUUGAACCCGUUGUCAACGGUCAAGCUACCCCUACUCUGCAACCGGAUAAUUCUAGCGCGCCUUACUCAAUCACGACGGCUCUCUUCCAACUCAUGAUCGAUAUGUGUCGUGAGAAAGCAGCCCAAGCUGAGCCAACUACAAUGGAGACUUACCCGGACCCUCAGCCAACUACAGUCGCGACUAUUCCUGAAAUGGUACCGGACCCUCAACCCGCGACGGAAGCAGCCUGCGAGCCCCAGCCAGACUCAGUAGACCGUCUAUCUACAGUUGCAACCUAUUCCGACUCCCAAGACGGUGCAGUGGUGGCAGUGAAACCCAAAAAGAAGGCAAAAUGGACAAAAGAGCGAAAGGCAGCGAGGAAGCAAGCAAGGGAAGAGGCAAGAAUGAAGGCACAGGAGGAGGAAUCAACAAGACUGGCGGAGGAAGAAGCAGCAGUGAGAGAAGCGCAAGAACAAGAAAUUGAAGAACAAGCAAUAAGAGAAGGGGAAGAAUCGAGACGUGAUUUGAUCGAGAGUCCGGAUUUUGAAACUGUCAGCAUCCCGGAGGAUACUUCGCCUUCGUCGGAUGGUAUCGAUUUGACACCUUCGUCCAGUUCGUCCUCGGGCCGGAGUGGUUCAUCUGGAUAUCAGGGUUUUCCUCCGGAAUCAACCCUCGCAGCGGGUUGGCGUGAGAUGAAGGACGUCCCUUUGUCUGCGGGAGCGGAGUGGUAUCGCGUCGUGUACGAGUCGGAGCGUAUUAUCCCCGAUUGCAACUAUUUCCAUAUAUGUGCACAGGAGAAGUUUCUUAAUUUCUCCCCGGAGGAGUUGCGAUGGAAGCACCAGCUUUUGGAAAUGAGCUCUUCACGCUUCGGGCUUGAUGCUUGA